AUGUCUUCUCCUAUCACAUCCCAUCCAUUCACCUCUCCCACCACCGCAAAGCCGUACACCUACCUCACUGCCGGCCCCUCCAAUGGACCCCUGGUCAUGUUCCUCCACGGCUGGCCCGGAAUCGCCCUGACAUGGAAACCCCAGCUGCUCUCCCUGGCGAGCUUGGGCUUCUACUGCGUCGCUCCAGACAUGCCCGGGUACGGGGGCACCUGGACGAGCGACGACCCGAGCGAGUUCGCGCUGGAGAAGCUCGUGCCGGACCUGCUGGAGCUGCUGAAGCACCUGGACCGCAAGGACGCCCUCUGGGUCGGCCACGACUGGGGCUGCGGACCGCUGUGGGCAUUGGCGAGCCACCACCCAGAAGUCUGCCGCGCCGUCGUGGGCAUCUCGGUGCCGUACCGCACGCUCGAGCUGGGCUUACCGACGCUGCUCGACCUGAUCGACCGUGAAAAGUAUCCGGAAAGCGAGUUCCCCUACGGCCAGUGGGACUACCAGGUCUUCUACGAGCAGGAACCCAAGGCCAUCGACCGACAAUUCGAGUCCAACCCCUCCGUGUACCUGAAACUGGUCUUCUCCCGAGGCAGCCCGCAGGGUGGCAAGGGCCUCGCCCGCACCGCCCAGGUGAUCAAGCACAAGGGCUGGUUCGGCGGGCCCGGGGCGCCCGUCCCCGAUCUCCCUCUGGAGAAGACCGUGCUGGAUCAAGAGAUCCACGACGCCCUGAUCGCCAGCGUCAAGAAGAACGGCUGGAAGGGCGCCACGGCCUGGUACUUGAACCACGCGGCGAACCGCAAGUACACGCUCGAGAAGAGCGUGGACGACGGCGUGCUGAAGAUGCCCGUCCUCUUCAUCCACACCCAGUACGAUUCCGUCUGCCAGACCGUCGACAACCCCAAAUUGACCCAGCCCAUGAGGGACAAGUGCCGCGACCUGUCCGAGUUCGUCAUCCAGGCGGGCCACUGGGGUAAUCUGGAGUGUCCGGAGGAAGUGAAUUCGGGCAUCGCGGGCUGGGUCAUGGACAAGGUGCAGGACUGGUGGCCUGGGCCGGAGCUGAAGAGUCGGUUAUAA